AGAAGGGAACCCAGAUUUACGCGUCCUCCAUUCUUUUUGGCUAGGAUAAUGCAAGGACCGUACUGAAACGUUUUCGAUUAAUAAGAUUCAUAAUGCAUUGUGAUUAAAAACUCAGAGGGUGAUUGAAAAUAAAAUAAUAAUAAAGGAAAAAAACCACUCGUCUGAAGUGCGAGUGCGGCGCAGGUGUAGCCAUGCCGCUGGUGAAGAGGAGCAUCGAGCCCAGGCACCUGUGCCGAGGAGCCCUGCCAGACGGGGUGACGAGCGAGCUCGAGUGUGUCACUAACAGCACCCUGGCAGCCAUUAUCAAACAGCUGGGAAGUCUCAGUAGGCAUGCGGAGGACAUCUUUGGGGAGUUGUUCAACGAGGCAAACAGCUUCUACAUGCGCAUGAACAGCCUUCAGGAGAGGGUGGAUCUACUGGCUGUGAAGGUCACACAGUUGGACUCCACUGUGGAGGAAGUGUCACUGCAGGAUAUCAACAUGAGGAAAGCCUUCAAGAGCUCCACUAUCCAGGAUCAGCAGGUGGUCUCUAGAACUUCUGUGCCCAAUCCAGUAAUGGAGAUGUACCACCGCUGUGACAAGCCACCGCCCCUGAACAUUCUCAGUCCCUACAGGGAUGACAAGAAGGAUGGCCUGAAGUUCUACACAGACCCGUCCUACUUCUUCAACCUGUGGAAAGAGAAGAUGCUCCAAGCAACUGAAAACAAAAGAAAGGAGAAAAGAAGGCAGAAGACCAGCGGCCCUGUCCAAUCAGACCAGGCUAGGCCCCAGUCCAGACAGGCCCAUUCCAGAAGUCCCCUGUUCGGCUCAGAGCAGAAACAGGUGGAGGACCCCAGCCGCGAGGUAAAGAAGGUGCGCAAGGCCCGGAACCGGCGGCAGGAGUGGAACAUGAUGGCCUACGACAAGGAGUUCCGUCCGGACACCCGGCUCACACCGUCGCCCUACCACGGCAUGUCGUCAGAAGGUUCCCUCUCUCCUGACAACAGGUCGGUCAUGUCAGACAUGGGGGAGCACUCUUUCCCCGCCAGCCCAAACCACCCCUCCCAGCAGGUGAGCGGGUCCAGCUCCUACAGCACGGCGGAGGGCAGGGAGCUGUUAGCCGCCGCCGCCCAGACCCAGUCCCUGGACCGCGUGUACCGACCCACCAUCGCCGCUGCCGGCAGGCAGGCCAACUCCCUGGGCCGCGUGCAGCCCCCCCACGCCCCUCCGCCCGCCGACCCCGCGCUCAACGGGCCCCGCCCGCAAGCCGUCAAGGACUACAGUGGCCAGCAGAUGCCUGAGGGUUUCGUGCCUCCAGCCCCGCCCCCUCCCCCGCCACUCAUCCCCUCCGCCCAAACAGCAUUCGACAGCCCAACUGUACCCCCUACCCUGCCCCCCAGCGCCAUGGCUGCGAUGUCCCGCCCCUACAGCCCGUCUCCUCCCCCCGCCCCGCCCUCCUCUUACAUACCUUCUCCCUCCCACCCUCCGUCCGCUGGAGGUCCUCCUGUGGCUCCUCCCCCGCCCCCUCCCGGACCCCCGACACACGUCCUCUCCCCCGCCCGCAACCUCGCCCCUUCCUCCGGCGAGGUGCAGCCCAGAAAGGGUCAGGUCCCGGCCACGCCCAUGACCGACGCCCGCAGCGACCUGCUGGCUGCCAUCCGCAGAGGUAUCCAACUGCGCAAGGUGCAGGAGCAGCGUGAGCAAGAAGCCAAGAAGGAGCCGGUGGGCAACGACGUGGCCACCAUCUUGUCACGGCGCAUCGCAGUGGAGUACAGCGAGUCGGACGACGACUCCGAGCUGGAGGAGAACGAGUGGUCCGACUGAGCGGCCCAGAGCGGCAGCGUGGCGCCCGUUUAAAGUACACUCCGCUGCUACCCCCGUCCGAGAAACCUGGCUUUCCCUCCCCCGCCACUGCGUCCGUAACCUCAUCCAUCAUUUAGAGAGAAGAGACGGAGGGCAGCCACCGGUGCAGCCUUUCCUCUAUUUACCAGCCCACACACGGACCCCAAAUUUUAUGCGCCUUUGGCAAUAAUGCGAGCCCUUUUCUAUUACGUUUAACACGUUUUGUUGAAAUGAACGACCUAAAAUCUUUACCUUCUCAAAUCAUGUGAAAGUCAUAUUCCUUUAACGUACCGUGGAUACAUGCGUGACUUUCCAGUAGCACUGCUGUUUGAUAUGCGGACGUCGUUAUUGAGUCCAUGUGAAGUGACAGAGCACUUUGACCACAUUAACAGGGCAUAUUGAAGUUGUGUUAAUUGGAUUUGGCUGUAACAUUGUAAAGCACUCUCGCCUGACAGCAUGGUAAUACUGUUUUUAAACCACCUCCAAGUUAGCCUGUUUGCCAACCGUAGGCCUUUCAUUGUGCUUUCUUUACACUUUUCCAGUUUGACAUUUAAUUUGCAUUUUAAUGAUAGACACAAUUGCUGGAAAGCCUUGCCAUCACUCAAUAUAAAUCAACACCACACAUUGAGGGAUUUCAAUCGCAGUAUGUCAUUUAACACGGAAUGAAAUGUAUGACAGCAAAUUGGGUUGUGCAUGUUCAUUGAAAACACAGUGCUAGUGUAGUCGGCCAUCCAACUUGCACCCUCUUUUGUGGAUUAAAGACUCUCUGCCCUGGGGGCUACUGGGUAGCUUUCUCAGUAAAAGUGCUGCUUGCAGCGUAUGAGCGAGCACCACAGUCUCGCUCAUGGAUUGAAUCUAACCCAUGCCAGUCCUGACUGUGCCCUGUGGGCUGCUGACCAGAGGGUUUUGCCCCUCUGCCCCUGCUCUGCACAUGCUGGACUUGUGGCUGUGGUGUGAAUAGAGGCAGAUGAUUGGCACCACAUGCUUGAGAGGAGAACCAUGCGUUGUCUUUACUCUCCCAAACCGCCAUCAGAGGGGCAUACAUAUUUUCAUAAAAUAAUAUCCAGAUUUUGGUGAGAUUGGAGAUGCCAAAAAGAGUUAUUUUCUCUUACAGUUAAACUUGAAAAGUCCUGAAGGUCAAUGUAGUCAAGACGCUAAACUACACAGUGUGCUGGAGUUUUUAUACUUAAAAAAAGCGAACAAUUGUUCACUUCUGGAAAUAUUGCUCCAGAAGUAGAGACCAGGGGCCAGAUUUAUGUACAUGAUGUGGUCGCAGUUUGCCUGAAAUAAACGUCUUAUUUACAAAGGCUACAGCUCAUUACGCAAUCAGCGAAUGGGACUGCCUAUGAACUACAUUUUGUGAAAGAGGCAGAGCUUAAACAGUAAAGUUAAAACACAUGUUUAAUGUUUGAAUAUCUUCACUGCGUGUGGCAAUAUCCAUGGAUCAGCUGCUACGUAAAAGUAUAUCCAGCGCAGGACAAAAUGUGUACAUAUUCCAGCUGUGGGGGCUAUUGUUGUUUCAAUUAAAUGCUGCGAGGUCCAAUGAGCAUAAUUAUGGCUGGGAUAGAAUGGGAACGUCGUGUGGAAGAUUCAAGUACAUAUUUUAUUUCUCCCAGAAGCAUACUUAUUUGUAUGGCUGUAUGUUUGUCACAGAAGUCGCAGGUGAUUUUCUCUUUCCGCGAUGGACAAAAGCCAUUAAAAGCAGCAUAUCAUUGCAUUUAGCCUACUCAUAUUUUUUACUAGCUGCAACACAGAUUUACUUCAGUUACUGUCACUACGGUUGAGCACAUGAUUUCAGUCAAUUUCCACUCCUUCGCAUUAGAUAUUGUUUGAUUUAAUCAGUUAUUUUGUCAAUAUUUUCUGUGACAGACACCCAGCCUUAAUUAUUGCUUGGCUGUUAAAUUAAUAAUUGAAUAAUCUGUUUGAUGAUUUCUCUGUUUGAUUGCUCUGGGGGUUGAAAUGUUGUGAUUCUUGUUGUAAAGAUUAUUUCAGUGCAUCUUCAAAGCCUAGAUCUGUGUCUCUGUCUUGCGCCUCAGUUUACGUCUGCUCUUUAGAGGCGGAGAAAUUUCUCCCACAAUUCGACCCUCGUAAAUUGCGUGUGAAUUCAAUUUAGUACAAAACUUUUGUAAAUUCAACGGAAUACAUAAUCAGUCACACUUAUAAUAUGUCCACCCUUUAUUUGCGCACAUUCCAGGACAGAAGUGCAUCUUAUGAUCACACGCAUACUGUGGUUCUAGCCCCAUGCUUCCUACAUCUGGCUCCAUGUGCUUAUAUCAGGAGUUGAAACAGAAUUGAUACAUUUCAGAGUAUGUGCCGGAUAUAUACAGUACAUGUCCACCGAUGAGCCAACACAUUAUGACCACCUGCCAAAUAUGCUUUUGGUCCUCUGCUUGCCGCCAAAAGGCAAGGACUCUACAAGACCUGUAUCUGGCAACAAGACGUUAGCAGCAGAUCCUUUAAGUCCUGUAAGUUGCAAGGUGGAGCUGCUGUAGAUCGGACUUGUUCCAGCACAUCUCACAGAUGCGUGAUCGGAUCGAGAUCUGAGGAAUUUGAAGGCCAGGACAACACCCUGAACUUCGUUAUAUUCCUCAAACCAUUCCCUAUGCCAGCAGGGAAUACCGUUGCCAUGAAGGGGCAUACAUGGGCGGCCUGUAGCGUAGUGGUUAAGGUAGGUGGUUCGAUCCCCGGUGUAGCCACAAUAAGAUCCGCACAGCUGUUGGGCCCUUGAGCAAGGCCCUUAACCCUGCAUAGCUCCCAGGGAGGAUUGUCUCCUGCUUAGUCUAAUCAACUGUAUGUCGCUCUGGAUAAGAGCGUCUGCCAAAUGCCAUUCAUGUAAUGUAAUGGAAUGGUCUGCAACAAAGUAGGUGGCACAUGAAUGCCUGGAUCCAGGUUUUCCCAGUAGAACAUUGCCCAGAGCAUCACAUUCUCUCCACCGGUCAUCCACUUGAUGUAAAUAAGUCAUCUGGCCAUAACAAUUUGGCCCUUGUCAAAGUGCUCAGGUGUUUACACCUUCCAAUUUCUCCUGCAAACAACACAUCAACUGCAAGAACCAACUGUAUACUUACUGUCUAAUAUAUCCCAGACUUUGACAUGUGCCGUUGUUACAAGAUAAUCAAUGUUAUCAGCAUCAUCUGUGAGUGGUCAUAUUGUUUAGGCUCAUCAGUGUAUGUGUCCAGUGGAGACAUAAUACCAAAUGCCAUAUGUGAGACCUGAAAUAUCUUUCUUCACCCUGUGAUCAGGUCAAUAUUUGUACAGCAGGACAUUAUUUUAUUAUUAAAACAUGAAGGGCGGUCACCACAGAUUAUUUUUAACUGCUUUGCCUUAAGCAUAAGUUAAAGUGUCUCUCCAGCCUAUUCUCCAUUUCUGUCAUCCUGUUUUUUCCAAUGCUGCCAUAUUCUGCCUGGACUCCAGUAGGUCAGAACCAGGGUGAACCUUCAGAAUCAUCACUGACAUGCCCUUUAUUUGUUUUCUUAUUUCCAGAAGUGUAAUACAUUCAAGAAUAUGACAAAUUAUUAAUAUAAAUAAAUGAAUAUAAAAGGUUCCAUGUUAUGUAUUAAAUAAUUUGGGAAGUUGGUGUACUCUUUAGGACUGAGCAGUGAGAACUUGUACUUAAUUGUAUUGCUAAAUGCAAACUUAUUUUAUUUUUGGUUUUCCCCUCUUACAUAUAAUAAUUGGUGCCAUAUCUGUUUCUAUUAUCACUCUCUGUUCUGAUUUUUAUUAUGUAGUGGUUGAGUAUUUGCCAUUAUUGGCAUUAUAGUGAUUUGCUGAUUUGAAGACACAAUUAGUUAAACAUUUGGUGGUUAAUGUAAUGGACUAUUGAGCCCUGUGAAUUCUCAAUUGUUCAAUUACUGGUGUAUUCCACAGUUCUGUGUUCCCUGUGAAACUCAGUUUUGAAAAGCUAUCAUGCAGUUGCCUAUUUGCCUAAAAAAAAAAAAAACUCUUAAUUUUGCGAGUAUGUCUGUGUACGUGUGUGCGUGCGUGUGCAAGAGACUCCCCUUUUUUAUUUUUCAGUGCUUCAAGUACAGUACAUUGCUUUCCAUAGGGCUUGAUGACAUGCCAGCUUGUCAUUUGAGGGAUAUUUUGCUUUUGGUGUCUCUGUUUUAAUACUCAACGUCUAUGGUUGAAAAGGAGAUGGCACAACUGUCAGCUUAGGAAGCUAUGAUGUAUGCCUGUAGUUUCUCAUGUGUACUAAUGUACUCAUGCGUUUAUAAAUGAACUGUUGUACAGAUUUUUGUAACACAGCUUGUAUAGGAGUUAUAUAUCUAGAUAACAAAUGUCAGUGUACCACAUGGAGUGACGUAGGCAAGCAUGCAUGUGAACAUCUAAUAAAAAGGUGGACAGCAUUUUAUUUAUUUUUUUAUUUCUGUUUUAAGAAUGAAAUGUGACUGAUGACUUUAAGAUUACUGGCUCACAUAAAGUAAUCUAGCAGUUGCCUUGCGCACACUUGUCGAUGAGAAAUUCUUCUUGGUCAAAUGUGUAUUUGGCAAUAAGCAAAUAUUUGAGUGGAAGUGUCACCUGUAUGCAUGUGGCACCUUGUUCAGCCCUGUUGCAGUUGUUUUUGUUUUGUUUUUUUGAUGGAAACUGUAGUGAAUAAAUGUACUGAACUUUA